GAGUGUAGAGAGGUAGCUGGUUCAUUACAUUAUUUGAAUAUCCAUCGUUAAAUAGAUCCUAGCUACCCUCUCUGAUCACUGCGAGUGCCACCAUCACCAUGGUUCUCCAACGCGUCCUCAUCGUGACGUACCCUGCGCAGAGUCACAUAAACCCUGCCCUCCAACUAGCCAAGAAACUCAUCACCAUGGGUACACACGUCACUCUCCUCCUCACUCUCCACCUCUACCGUCGCAUCACCAACAAAAUCACCAUCCCCGGCCUCACCCUCCUCCCCUUCUCCGACGGCCACGACGCCGGCUUCAACACCGUCCACAGCCCCGACGCCGACCUAAACCACUACGUCCAGGAGCUCAAGCGUCGCGUUUCCGACUUCGUCUCCAAUCUCAUCUCCACCGCCAACAAGGCUCACGUGCCUUUCACUUGUUUAGUCUACACCCUUCUCCUUCCUUGCGUCGCUGACGUGGCACGCGGAUUGGGCCUCCCCACAGCCUUGUUCUGGAUCGAACCCGCCACCGUGUUGGACAUCCUCUAUCACUACUUUCACGGCCGUGCUGAUUACAUCAACGAAGAAACGAAAAAAAAGGGUUCGGUAACGCUGCCGGGGUUGUCGUUUUCGCUGUCCGCGCGCGACGUGCCGUCGUUUUUGCUGCGGUGGAAACCUGUUGUGUUUUCUACUAUUCUUCCGUCGUUUGAGGAGCAGAUUCUGCAGUUGGACAUGGAGACUAAUCCCACAGUGCUUGUGAACACGUUUGAAGCAUUGGAAGUGGAGGCGCUGAGAGCCGUUGAUAGGUUUAACGUGAUCCCCGUGAUCCCCAUCGGGCCGUUGAUUCCUUCUGCGUUCUUGGACGGGAAAGACCCUCAUGAUACUUCCUUCGGUGCUGACAUUUUUCCAGUUUCAAGGGAUUACGUAGAGUGGCUUGACUCGAAGCAAGAGAAUUCGGUGGUGUACGUGUCGUUUGGAAGCUACUGGGAGUUGUCUAAGAGACAAAUGGAGGAGAUUGCUGUUGCGUUGUUGGAUUGUGGACGUCCAUUCUUGUGGGUGAUUAGAAAAAAAGUAGCAGAUGGAAAGGAAGAGGAAGAACUAGAAGGGUUAAGUUGUAGAGAGGAGUUGGAAGUGAAGGGGAAGAUAGUGACGUGGUGUUCUCAGGUGGAGGUUCUGUCGCAUGUUUCUGUGGGUUGUUUUGUGACGCACUGUGGUUGGAACUCGACCAUGGAAGGGCUUGUUUGCGGGGUUCCGAUGGUGGCGUUUCCUCAGUGGACGGAUCAGAUGACUAAUGCGAAGAUGAUAGAGGAUGUGUGGAAGGUAGGGGUGAGGGUGGAUCAUCAAGUGAAUGAAGAUGAUGGGUUUGUGGAAGGAAUGGAGAUUAAGAGAUGUUUGGAAGUGGUGAUGGGGAGUGGAGACAAGGGAAAUGUGUUCAGAAACAAUGCAAAGAAAUGGAAGGCUUUGGCUAGGGAUGCUGCCAAGGAAGGUGGCCCUUCGGAGAACAACCUCAGGGCUUUUCUUGACGAUGUUGGACAAAAGUUUAUGCUUAGUCAUGUGGCUGAAAAUUAAGUUCGUGUCUAUUAAUGUAACGUCUUACGUUGCAUGACUUCAAAAGACAAAAUUAAGUUAUGAUUCAAUUAAUAAAACCUUGAUAAUGUCG